AUGAACACGUAUGGUGCUAAAACUAAGAAUACUGUGAAAGUGUUUUCAACAUUUAUUUGUUUAAAUCGCAUCCUGAGAUUAUUCGGGCUGUCUUGCAUUUCCUGUGACGGUUUUCAAAUAAAAUGUUCGCCGCUCGUCUUCAGAGCCAUUUGCAUUACUACAAUACUAAUUCUAUUCAAUGGCCUUUGUGGUUAUUACCUUUUUCCAAAUUUUGAAAACGGUCUAUUUCAUUUUUCUUACCACGAUUCCGUUCAUCUCAUCUUAAUUCUAGGGUUCGUUCAGUACAUCGUGGAUAUUCAUUUUGUUUUUAAAUAUGGAAGGGAAUUCUAUUUACAGUAUAUUGAUAGAUUUGAACUUUUUGAUAGGACCAUCGGCAUUGCGGUAUAUGAAAAAAUUAAGAGAACCAUAAACAGAAUAUGUGUAUUUUUUAUUUUGAUUACUUUCAUAGGAUCUUUUGUUGAAAUUAUAAUUUGGUAUUUAAGUUACCGAUCAUCAAGUCACAUGUUUUAUAUGUUGUAUUAUAUAUAUAAUUUUCUUAAUUUACUAAGUGCACUAGAUUUUAUUGCAAAUUGCACUCAAGUUUUGUUUCGCUUACAAUCACUCGAACACAAGUUGAAAGAUUUUUUGUGUCAUGUCACUAAUUUACCUGUACCUUACAACGAGAAUAAUCACUCUGUUGUAAAAUCGAGUAACAAAAACACGAAUAUCUCUGCUCAUACAUUAACUGAAACAGUUCAUCGGCAAAACGUUGUAUUAUUGUUGAAUAGAUGUUUCUUGCUGUUAACUGAUCAAUUUGAUUACAUCAAUAUAAUGUUUGGAUUGAGGAUAUUGCUCUCCUGCGUAAAUUUCGUCGUGGAUACGUUAUUAAAAAUUACUACAAUAAUCAAGUUAUUUAGUUCUGGUAUAGAGGUAGUAACUAGUGGCUCACGAUACCUACCAAUCAGUGUGACCAUCGUGCAAAUUAUCGUAAACUCAAUAGUUGUCUUUUCUAUAAUUCAUAUUUGCGAAAGGAACUAUGGACAAAUUGAAAGAAUUAUCGCUUCAAUUGACGGGAUAUUGCAUGAAAAAGACGUUAGGCCUGACAUCCUAGACUGUCUAAAAGAUCUCCGGAAUACUAUCAUCACCAGAAAUAUGAAUUUCAAUGCCGUCAAAUUCUUCAAACUGGAAUACCCUAUUCUGGUUUCAAUUUCUUCUCUUCUUGUUACCUACGGUACAAUAUUAGUGCAAAAUGUCGAAUGAGCAUUGAAGGUUGUAUGACUAUUUUUAAUGACAGUAAAUUAAUUAAAUAAUAUAUAACAUUUUAGUUACUUACCCAUCUAAUUUAAUAAUAAAGAAAAACAAGAUAUCUUAAAAAAUGUAAACAUUGUAUUUCUAAACUUUUUUUUUCCAAAUCUUAUGUUUAGCAGAAUUUGGAUUUAUAUAUAACUAGGUAACCGCCUCGGCUUCGCACAGGUUCUUUGCAAAAAAUUAUAUAAAAUAGUCUAUGUUACUUA